AUGGAGAAAGGCAUCUUAGAUGAGAAACACAAGGCCAGCGAGCAGACCAUCAGCACGCGCUCUAGUGAACUUGACGAUGCCAUCGUCAAGGACUGGGAUAGCGAGGAAUCAGGCGUUCGGAGGAGGGUCGACUUCAUUCUGCUUCCUAUCCUCGCUGCGGCUUUCUUUGCUUUGCAGAUGGACCGGGGCAAUAUAAGCGCUGUCUUGACAUCGACGAUCACAAAAGACCUCAAUAUCACCACAAAUCAAAUCAAUAUUGGAUCCCAGCUGCUCUCGGCUGGCAUCGUCCUUUCUGAGAUCCCAUCUAACAUCAUUCUCCAGCGAAUCGGACCACGAAAGUGGUUAUCAGGCCAAUUGUUCGCUUGGGGAUUAGUCGCGACUUUCCAGGCCUUUGUCAAGUCAUAUCCCGCAUACCUGGUUACGAGAAUUCUGCUGGGACUUUGUGAAGGCGGCUUUAUUCCAGGUGCAUUGUACUAUUUGUCAACCUGGUACAAGAAGGACGAGACUAGUCUACGGGUGAGUUUGUUCUUCUAUGGGCAGAUGUUUGCAUCCGCUACAUCCAGCUUGAUCUCGGCCGGUCUGCUCAAGCUGCACGACACACAUGGGUUAGAGGGAUGGAGAUGGGUAUUUCUGGUCGAAGGUUUGAUUACCCUGGCCAUCGGCAUUUUCUUCACUCUGUUCGUGCCACCUUCGGCUGGAGAUGGCCAUCCAUUGAUUGCCCUGGGGCGUUGGAACUAUUUCACCGAGCGCCAGUCACAUAUCAUUCGCAAUCGUGUUCUUCUGGAUGACCCAGCCAAGGCUACGGGCCAUAUUCAGAUCACCAAGUCAGACAUCUGGCAGACGGUGAAGCAGCCGCGUAUCCUCCAGCAUGUGUUCUUGACUUUGGUUUCGAUGUCUGGCUUCUCAGGGUUGACCCAAUACACACCCACCAUGAUCAAAGGAUUGGGCUUCGAUGCCGUCAGGGCCAAUGCAUUGGCCUCGGUUCCAGUGUACUGCAGCAUGAUCUGGCUGAUCAUUCUGUCUGUGGCUGCCGAUAAGACGAGACACCGUGGACCAUUUGUGCUCUUGGCGAUCACCUGGAAUGUCAUAUCCUACGCGUGUCUCCGCGCCAGUAACCCCCACGCCACACAAUGGCAUCGGUACGGAGUCAUUGCAGUCGCGAACAUCGCCUAUUGUAGCAUGCACAUUCUCAAUGUCGGCUGGCUAUCGUUCUACUGCCGUACACCCCAAGAACGAAGCGUUGCUAUGGCACUGGUUGUCAUGGCCGCCAACUGUGCUGGUAUCGCAGGCUCGCAAAUUUUCCGUACGUCUGACGCACCGAAAUACUUGCAUGGCCUCACUGCCAUCUGCUCGAUCGCCGGUGCAUCGUGGGUUCUGGCAUUCUUGCUUUGUGCUCAAUAUUAUUUCCGUCGACAAAAGGCGGUUGCUGCGGACGGGGAAGCCGAGGCCAAAGCCUAA